AACCGGCUGUGCCGGCUGCCCGCGGCGCUGCCCCGCAUGGCCGGCCUGCGGGGGCUCUGGCUCUACGGGAACCGCUUCCAGGAGUUCCCGCCCGUGCUGCUCCGCAUGGAUCACAUCCGCGUCCUCGACAUGGAUCGCAACCGCAUCGCCAGCUUCCCGGACCUCACCGGCCUCGCUUCCCUGCGCCUCCUGUCCUACGACCACAAUCCCGUCCGGCAGCCGCCCUGUGUCGGGGAUGAAGUGCAGCUGGUGGGGGACGGGGCGCAGGAAUACAUGGAAGCGCGGCAGGAGCGGCUGCAGAGCCUGCAGCACCAGGAGGAAGAGGAGGAGGAAGGCACCGAGGCCGCCCCGGUAUCCCCUGAGGAUGGGCCGGAGUAUGGGGAAGGGGAAUCUGUGGCCUUGACGGGAUCUCCUGAGGAACUGUGAGCCUCUGUUCUCCUGAGGGGGUGCAGAGCCCCCACCUGCCUCCCAAGGAAUUCCCAUCUAGGGCUGGGAAAGGAGGAAAUUCACAGCCUCCAGGCUGUGGAAAGGAAAACCAAUGGUCUGAGGAGCAGCCUUAUGCAGUUGGGACAGCAGCUUCGUGUCCUGGAUCUGCAGGAUCAUGGAUCCCAAUGGUUAUCCCAUCUGAGAGCAUCCCACCUACUCCAGGGUGCCUUGGAUUGGGAUACAACCCCCUGCCCUGAGGGGUGAUCCCACACUGCCCCCCCGUGAGAAUGGGGACAUUGCCACUCCUCCACCUCUGAAAAUCCUUUACUUCUGUCCCAAUGGGCAGCACAGGAAAAAGCAAUGCUGGUUGCAUCCAUUCCAUGGAUCCUGUCAUCCUGAAGAGCUCCAAGGUUUGGGAACAAAGGCACAGACCCUGAGAACCCAAUCCUGCUGCUGAAAUUGGGCUGGGGGAGAGAAUUUUCCACCAGGCUCCUCUUGGCCAUCAGAUUUGGGAAGGAGCUGGUGGAAAUUAGACCUGGGUCUAAGCACUGCCUGUCUCCAACCUGGACAGGAUUUUGCCCCUGUGGGAAGAGGAGUCUCAUCCCUGGCCCUGUCUGUCCCCAAAUGGGCACCAGAUCCAGGGCUGACACCUUAUCCUUCCUCUUCCUCUCUCCAAGUGCCUCUUGGACCAAAUGCAAGCAAUAAAAAGCACAAAUCCAAGGAAUUUGUUGUGAGAGAACAGUGGCAGGGACCAGCCUCAGGGAAGGGGUUAUUUGGGAUCCCCUAAAACCGAGUAACAUAUUCUGGUGUGCGACCACCAGCUCCUCUUAUUUUGGACAUCCAAGGAGUCCUGAUUCCCUCUGCCCAUCUCCUAGCUGAGCCGGUGUGGUGGGAAGCUUGGGGAUCUGAGGUCUGGAGCUCACUGGAGGUUUCAAACCAUGCAUCCGCUUUUAAUGGCCAUGGAUUUGGGUUUGGGGCUGGGAGGCAGCCAGAGCUCCUGCCACAUCCGCUCCAGCACUGGCAGGGCAGAUGCUGCCCACUUUUCCCUCCACUUCCUAUUCCACAGCAGGAACCACGGCUAUUUUGGACACGUGGAGCUUCCUCAGCUGCGGGAUGUGCAGGAGCUGUCGGUGCCAGCUCCUCCAGGGUAAUUUCAAGGAUUUGGGGCUUAGCAGGAGCUUGGAAUCAAGUCUUCCCAAUAGGUACAGGCUGUCAAUCCCUUUUCCCACCCAGGUGUCCUUCACUGUAGGGCAGAGCAUCCCAGGAUCCUGUGACAUCCCAGGCACGCACUCCUGGAAUUUUGUCUCCUAGCCUUUCAUGCCAUCAAUCCAGGGUGCUGCUGCUUUAUCUGGGAAGACACUGCUGCUAAUUAGCCAGGAAUUAACCAUGAUCCUGAGGGUUCUGAUCCUGGCAUAGACCCUCAGCAUUCCAAACCCCUGCUGCAGGCAAGAUCUGAUGCCACCAGCUCCAUGCAGAUCCCUGCCAGCCUACCCAUUCGGCAGGAACUGGGAUGCAGGUGGCUCCGGAUGCCACCAGCCUGUCCCCAUGGCCGGGAUCAGAUCCAGGAGCUCUGACAUCUGGGAAAGGGGGGUCCUCCCUCUCUGCAGCCUUUUCCCACCACCCAGCUAUUCCCAAGGAGCUGGGUUGGGACCCAGGCACCGGUGACGGUGCUGGUGACACCAGGACCAGGAGCUGCCGCAGUCAGUGGGAAUCUGACAGAUUCCGGCUCCGCUCAAGUAUUUUGGGGCCGCUGGCACCGGCGAGUCCCCGCUCCCGGCAGUGCAUCAUCCAUACGUCUGUCCCUAUAUAUAUCCCUGCCUCCUCUCCCGGCCCCGCGUGCGACGGUUUGUGGCCUCGCCGCAGCUGGGAUCACGCUGCUAUUUCCAUCUGCUCCCACUGCCUGCCAGCACAAAGCAACGGGAUUGGGAAUAGCUGCGGAUCCGUGCAACAGGAGCGCUGGGAUCGCUGCGCUUUCAAAGAUUUGGGAGGAUAAAAGGAGCCCGGUGUUGGUGUAAGAGCCCAGGCAGAGCCAGGAUCGGUGGCACUGAUGACAUUGGCAGCUUAGGAAUGCCAAAAUUCCCAGGUUUGGAUCAGCUGGAGCUGGAGUGAGGGUAGGCAGCAGCCACCUCUCCUCCACUGGGGUGCAGAUGGCAAGGGGACAGCGUUGUCCCCUGCUGCCACCUGCAAUACUGCAUCCCAGGGCUUGAAGGGAGGGUCCAGAGGGAUCUUAUCCUGUGCAGGGAGGACAUGGAUGGCCCUGCUGCCAUCCCUGCGUUUGGAGUUUCAUUUAUUUAUUCAAGACCAGCAUUCCGUGAAUUAUUUAACAGCCACCAGAGCCAUUGCAAUGGCACCAGGACACAGGAUAUGGUUCCCUGCCCCUUCCUUUCUUUUGGAGCCACAUUCCAGUCCCUAUCCAGCACAUCCCAUGGCGAGGAAGUCAGCCCGGAGCUGGAUGGGAUAGGAACUCACCUGGCUCCAAGCAGGCUGCGGGGGGCACUGUUGUCCCUGAAGCAUCCAUGGGGAUCCAAAUCCCAGCAGGAUCACAGAGUUUUGAGGGGAUACUUGGUGAUGGAUGGGAUAAUAGUGGGUGGAUACUCAGGGUUGGGAGGAAUAACGCUGGGAGGGGGAUGCCCACCCGGCUGUGGUGCCCACCCAGGUGUGGUGCCCCCAUUCCCACCCCAGGAUCCACCCUCUGCAUUCCCCCAAUCCCACAGAUGACUCACGCUGGCAGUUACUGACUGUCCUUUAUUACUGAGAGCAGGGGCUGCCUCCAGAAAACGAGGGGCCCCGCUCCCCAAAAAUAGGAUUCUUCAAAGGAGACGCCCCGACCCACGUGCCCCAUCCUUGGCAUCGCCAGCCGGGCACCCCCCACUCCAGCCGCUCCCCAGCCGGGCUGGGCCGGGCUCUUUAGUGGAUUUUUUUAUCUUUUUUUGUCUUUUUUUGUCUUUUUUUUUUUUUUUUUUUUUUUUUUUUUUUUUUUUUUUUUUUUUUUUUUUUUUUUCCUGUUUUUCUGUAUUUUACACACCAGUUGGAUGUUACCGUCACAUGAAGAAGAGAGAACCUGAACAAGAUCACGGCUACGAGCUCUAGAGUUAAAAAUGAACACACAAACCCCCGGGGAGCCCGACCGCGGACGAGGAAUCCAGCCUGGAAAAGCAGGGUGCCCAAAGGGCCAUGGGGGGCACCCAGCUUGGCACAGCCCUGACCCUGCCACCCUUUCCCCAGGCAUGUAAGUCUCUUCUUUUAUGUUAAAAAAAGAGAGAAUAUGACAAAAAUACAAAUGUCCCUAAAAGCGUUGUUAUUACUGUAAUAGCAGUAUUAUGAC